AUGUCGAGUGGUGGUCCUAAUCAUCACAACCUUUAUUUUGAAGGUGUCGUACAUAAUGGUUUAGGGAGUUUGGGAGGAGCAGAUAAUAUAAAUUUCAAUAAUAAGAAUAAUUCUACUACUACUACCACAACAACCACUCCAGGUAAUUUAGGCACGAAUCAACCAACUAGCAUGUAUCAACAUUAUAAUCAACCACCUGGCUUACAAUCAUCUCCUUCGUUCGUUACAGGUAAUAAUCUGGAGUUCAAUCCUUCUAAUCAAUAUUUUCCCCAGCAACUGAUCUCACAAUCUCAACCACAGCAACCACAGCAACCAUCCAUUCAACAAUCACAUCAACAGAUAAUACCACCUUUACCACAAUCUCGUCAACAACAAGGAAAUCAUAACUAUAACCAUAUGCAGAAUUCUUCUCAACAGCAAUUAAUAACACCAUAUGGCAAUAGUCAGAAUGCCAUUAAUGAUGACUUUGAUUAUUUCUCUUAUGAAGGUUCAAUCUCAGUACCAUCCUCGAAGAUAGAUCAUCCAUAUUAUCAAGAAUUGAAUUUCAAUAUCAAUGACAUUGACUUGAACCUUCUGAUCCCAGGUAUUGGCAAUCAACCUCCUCAUCAAGCCCCUGAUGAUUCUCUGUUUCAUCAACAAAUACCAUUACCACCACAACAAUUUCAUUUUGAUAAUAUACCAGCUGUAGAUCAGCAUAUUGAUAAACGAAAUGAACUCAACUUUCAACCUCCUACAUUUAAUACACAACUGCAAGUUCAGCAUCAUCAUCAGCAAUCACAUCAUGUUCAACACGAACAUUUGCCUCCACAACAUCAAAUUUCUCUGAAUCAUAUACCACAGGUCCCAGUGACUGAUUUCAUCCCAAUACCUCAAGUCUUGCCUCAAUUUCAAGAUUCUAACAUAAAAAGGAAAUUAAGUAGUUCUCAACUCAAUCAAGUGCCUUUGAAGCCACCUGCCAAAGCUAAACCAUCCAAACCUCCAACGAUACGACAAAGUUCAAUGCCAAUAAUUUCUGGUACAGGCUCAAGAGUCACUAGCAAAUCAUCUCAUAAACCACUGUCAAAUUUGGCUGGCCAAACUCAGGAUGUUUUUGCUGAUACUGAUUUAUGGGAUAACUACAUGGCUGAUAAUAGUGAUAUUCCGUUAUUUAAUGCAAAUACAGAUGUAUCUACAGGUGCUACAGCUACGAAACUUACUACUUCAAAGAGUACGAAUCAAAGUCUGCUGUUGAAGAAUCCAAGAGGUAGACCAAGAAAAGGUAAAAAAAAUCCUGGGUUCUUCUUAAAGUUGGAUAGUAUUAAAUCAGAUCAUUUACUUAACAAAAGUAAUGAGAUAUCGUCAUCACAAUCAGAUUCAGGAAUUUAUAGUUUUGAUAAUUUAAAGAACUUCACUCCCACUAGUACUUUAUUUAAUUUCAAUGAUGAUAGAGUAUUAGAACAAGAUUUAACUGAUCUUCAAAAAUUCCCAUCAAACAAAUCAAUUAUAACCCCAUCACAUAGACCACCAACAUCUGGAAAUAGUUAUUUUGAAUUGGAAAUCUUUGCCAACAACUCCGACGAUCAAGGAAAUUUAAUUUCUCCACGUUUGAAGUAUAAUGAAGGUACGUUUGAUAAUUUUAAUCAACUGUUUGAGCAAUAUUUGGAUACACCUAAAGAUUUGAAUGCUACCCAUCUCGCAAGUAGUGAUAAUAAUUCAUCAGCAUCACCUUUCAAUCAUGUUGUUCUCAAAAUCAAGAAGGAAUCAAGUGCGCCUGCUGCUUUAAUCCCAUCACAAACUGUUUCAAGUUCAUUUGAUUCUCAUGUUUCUAGUUUUAAAGAUACUCCCCAUCCAGUAUUGUUAAAUGCUGCGAAUAAUAGUAGUUUACCACAUCUCAAUGUGAAUGAUGAUUUACAAGGCUCAGAUAGUGAUGAAGAAGACGAACAAAGCUCUGAUGGCGAAGAAGAUGAUGACGAUGAAGUUAUUAAAGGUGAAAAUGCUGGUUUUCUUUCGAUUGGAGAUAUCCGCCCUAACAUGGAAAGAACAGGUUCUAACCAAAGUGUUAGUAGUGGUGCAUCAGUAUCAUCUAAUAAAGAAAAUACAACCAAAAAGGAAAAGACAAAAAAGAAGAAAAUUCCAAAAGGUGCCGUAUGUCCAGUUUGUGAUAAAUUCAUUAGUCGAGAUCUAACCAGACACAUGAGAAUUCAUAAUGCAGUUGGAAGAUUUCAGUGUGUUUAUCCCAAGGUUAUGUGUAAGCAUAAGACUCAAUAUUUCAAUCGUCCAUACGAUUACAAGAAGCAUUUAUUACAUAUGCAUUUCAAGUUUGAUGAUCCAAAGGGGAAAACAGCGAUUACUUUAACGGAUAAAUUGCCCUUAGAAGGUACUUGUAUAGCAUGUGGGGUACGGUUUAUAGCUAAUGAUUGGUUAGAAGGUCAUGUUUUAGCAACACAAUCCGAACACAAAUGUCCUUUCGUGGAAGAUAAGGAUCCGGGAAGUUAA